GGCAGUCUGAAGAGAUGGGCACAGAUUUCAGGCUGUCCUAGCCCUGCCUCGCCCCCAGGACAGGGAGUGUGGAGUGCGCUGGCCAGUUGCCUCCCUCCCAGCUUCUGGGGUAACUGAGGACCACCCUGCAGCCUUGCAGGAUGGAGCAUGCCGGCGGCAACGAGGAGAAGCAGGCUUCAGUGUGCAACCUGGUGGCUGUGUUUGAGAACAGCAGCAGGACGGUGGGAACAGCACCUGGAUCCCAUAGUCUUGAUGGCCAGCCCCGUAGCCCCGAACACCAGCUGCCCCUAUCCCCAGGGCCUUGGGAGGCACCUCCUGCUGAGGAAGCCUUGAAGUCUGAGCUCCGACCAGUCAGCAGGACAUAUCUGAACUCCCUCAAAAAUAAGCUAAUAAGCGGGGCUUGGAGGAAAUCCUGCCAGCCUGGGGCUGGGCCAGGGCCAGAGGCACAGGAACCUGAGGAGAAGAGGGUUGUGCAGGAGCUUCUGGAGACAGAGCAGGCCUACGUUGCACGCCUGCACCUGCUUGACCAGGUGUUCUUCCAGGAGCUGCUGAGAGAGGCGGGCCGCAGCAAGGCCUUCCCUGAGGACGUGGUACGGCUCAUCUUCUCCAACAUCUCCUCCAUCUACUGCUUUCAUGCUCAGUUCUUCCUCCCAGAGCUGCAGCGGCGCGUGGAUGACUGGACAGCCACACCCCGCAUCGGAGAUGUGAUCCAGAAACUGGCCCCGUUCCUGAAGAUGUACAGCGAGUAUGUGAAGAACUUUGAGCGCGCAGCGGAGCUGCUGGCCACCUGGAUGGAGAAGUCUCAGCCCUUCCAGGAGGUGGUUACUCGCAUCCAGCUCAGCGAGGCCUCGGGCAGCCUGACCCUGCAACACCACAUGCUCGAGCCAGUGCAGAGGAUACCGCGGUACGAACUGCUGCUCAAGGAGUAUGUGCAGAAGCUGCCAGCCGAGGCGCCAGACCGUGCAGAUGCCCAGAGAGCGCUGGACAUGAUCUUCUCAGCUGCGCAGCACUCCAAUGCAGCCAUUGCAGAGAUGGAGCGGCUGCAGGGCCUGUGGGAGGUAUAUCAGCGCCUGGGCCUGGAGGAUGACAUGGUGGACCCCUCCAACACCCUGCUCCGAGAGGGCCCCGUCCUGAAGAUCUCCUUCCGACGCAGCGACCCGAUGGAGCGUUACCUGUUUUUGUUCAACAACAUGCUGCUGUAUUGUGUACCCCGCGUCCUUCAAGUGGGCGCCCAGUUCCAGGUGCGAACCCGCAUCGACGUGGCUGGCAUGAAGGUGCGGGAGCUGACUGAUGCUGAGUUCCCACACUCCUUCCUGGUGUCUGGAAAGCAGCGCACGCUGGAGCUGCAGGCCCGGUCCAGAGAGGAAAUGAUUUCCUGGAUUCAGGCCUGCCAGACAGCUAUUGACCACGUCGAGAAGCGGAGUGAAACCUUCAAGGCUGCUGUCCAGGGACCACAAGGGGACACACAGGAGCUCAAGCCACAGGCAGAGGAACUGGGCCUCCGAGCGCCUCAGUGGGUCCGAGACAAAAUGGUGACCAUGUGCAUGCGCUGCCAGGAUCCCUUCAAUGCCCUGAUGCGUCGGCGCCACCACUGCCGGGCUUGUGGCUAUGUGGUCUGUGCCAAGUGCUCCGACUACCGCGCAGAGUUGAAAUAUGACGGCAACAGGCCCAACCGCGUCUGCCUGGCCUGCUACACUUUUCUCACCGGAAACGUGCUCCCUGACAGCAAGGAGGACAAGAGGAGAGGCAUCUUGGAGAAAGACUCCCUGGCAGGGCCUGACCAGAGCCUGGUGUGCAGCUUCCUGCAUCUCAUGGGGGACAAGUGGGGCAGGAGCGGCCCCCGGGGCUGGUGUGUGAUCCCCCGAGAUGACCCCCUAGUGCUGUAUGUCUAUGCGGCCCCUCAGGACAUGAAGGCUCACACCUCCAUUCCCCUGCUGGGCUAUCAGGUGACGGCGGGACCCCAGGGGGACCCUCGGGUUUUCCAGCUGCAACAGUCAGGUCAGCUGUACACCUUCAAAGCCGAGUCUGAAGAGCUGCAGGGCCGCUGGGUGAGGGCUAUCAAGCGCGCGGCCAGUGGCUGGACCCCUGAGGGACCUGACGAGGAAGACAUGUCUGACUGAACCACGGCUGAUGUUUCUCAAGAACCUUGCCCAUGGCAGCCUUUCCGGGCUGACCCCACUGCCCUGUCACUCCAUGCCAAGUUAGGUUACUCUGACCCAUUCUGUCAUCCUUGUCCAGAUGUUCACUCCGACUCUGUUUCCGGUAGAUUCAGGUCCUUUACUUCAGGAAGACACAACCACGUGUCUCAGCUGGCUGGGGGUAGGAGUGUCCCUGAGCCGUGAGAUCUUCAUUGCUGAAACAGGGAAGCGUGACCAGUGUUGUAGCUUAGCGGGUAGAGUGCCUGCCUAGCACAUGCGAAGCCCUGAACUGGGUCCUCAGCAUGACACAUACUGGCCAUGGUGACACAUGUCUGUGAUCCCAGCAAUUGCAUAGGUAGAAGAUGGGAUACCAAAAGCUCAAAGGUGCCCUUGGCUGCAUAGCAUUACAAUCCAGCCUGGACUACAUGAAACCUUGCAAGCACAACACACACACAUACACACAAAUCAAAAUAAGCCAGGUGGUAGUAAACUGGGCGGUUGUAGCACACAACUUUAGCCUCAGUACUGGGGAGGUAGAGACAGGCAGUUCUCUGAGUUUGAGGCCAACCUGGUCUACAGAGUGAGUUCUAGGACAGGCAGAGCUAAACAGAGAAACCCUGUCUGGAAAAAAAAAUCAAAAAAGUAUGAGAAGUCCCAGGUACCCAGUACCCAUGACUGUUUGCACCCUUGUGAGGGUCUCAGCCCAGGCUGUGAAGUAAUCACCUAGGAAGGUUUGGAAUGGUUGUGGAAAAUAGACACCAACUGACUCUGAAAUUAAAC